AAAUCUCCAGAAUAGAAGGAAUCUUUAUCCAUUUAACAAAGAGAAAAAGCUAUAAUGUCUACAUCGAGAACCAUGGUUCUUUUUAUGUAUAUAUUCUGGGCUGUAAUUUCUCUCGAAGCAAAUUAUGUCAACGGGCAGCAAACGGCAUCUAAAACAUUCAAGCAAUAUUGUGUUGAUACACACAAUUCGUAUCGCAGCAAACAUAAGGUGCCAAAUAUAAAGUGGUCAGACACACUGGAAAAAGAAGCCAAAAGCUGGGCUCAGUAUUUGUCUGAAAGCAAUAACUUGUUUCGUGGAAGCAAAGGCGAGAACCUCUACUUGUCAACUAAAGUCCAGCCUUACACGGCCUCGUCUUGCGAAACUGCUGUUAACGAGUUUUAUACCGGAGAGAGCAAAUAUAGUUAUGACAGAGCUCUACUUUCACGUGCUUCGGAGAGAUUUACACAGCUUGUAUGGAAGAACACCUUGGAGAUUGGAGCCGCAGGGCUACAAAGAAAAGAUAAUAAAACAGUMGUGGUAGUUCGUUAUAACCCGCCGGGAAAUUAUAAUACGACAGUGGCGUUUAAAAGUAAUGUUUUCCCAGCGUCGUCAAAACAAACAAGUUCUAGCCAAAGCGAUGCUUCGCAUGUCCAGAUACAAAUACCGCUGACCUUAGUAGCUGUCUUGGCCGCUAUGCAUAUUUUAGCUUAAGGUGGAAUUCCGGAAAGUCAUUCGAUUCUACUGUUGGACACUAAGCCCAACCAAUGGGUAGGACUAUACCGAAAAUCUAUCCAGUUUUGGUACUUAGGGGACCGUUUCUACAAUUUGAGACGAAGUUGCUGUCUCUGACCCUUUCUCUCUCAUCCGGCUCUGGCUCUAUCUCUUGACGAGUAAGGUUAUGAAUGGACCUCCACAUAAUGUUUUUCCAAUUCAGACCAAUCAAGAAGUGUAAUUUCUAUGAGAAUAAGAUGCUUUGUUCGAGUUGUAUCCAUAUUCAAGUGUCUUCUAAUGUGCAACCUAGCACAAACGUCAAACAAAGAAAUUAUACUCUAUUCUAGGAAAUGAUACGCGGUCUGAAAUGGGAAAACAUUACGCCCGAACGUGCCUGGACCGAGGUCUGUUUAAUUGGAACAAUUAAGAUAAUACUUCUGUUUCGCGAGUUCUCUGUUGCUUAGGGUAAGCCUCAGUUUUGUACAUAAUUUUCAUGUGUUCCAGUGAAAGUCUGUGGAUUAAUAGCUGCAGAAGUCUAAAAAUAAUCUAAAGAAAAUGGUAGACCUUAUUAAUUUUUUUUUUUUUUUGGACAAUUUAAACGUUUUGCGUUAUCGUUUUUCACGGAUGACGUCACGAUUGUGCAAAGCUGGAUAGAAAUGCGGACAAGCCAAGCUAAGCGCACAUGUUAGAGUGCAUACCACAUAUAUAUCCGUGAAAAACUUUGUAAGAAAUUGCAWAAAUAAGCAGAAAUUAGUAAGUUUAGUAGGCCUUUGCACUAAUUUGUACAAUUUUGUAAGGUAAUUUUUCAACGCAAAGUUUUAUUGGAAGGAGCGAGGGCGUGCACGUUAUAUUCACCUGUAGGUGAAUAUAGCAUCAUACAUAUGGCGUAAAUUGUGACUAAUGAGCGAGAAAUGUGUGUAAAAAUACUAAAUAUGGAUCUUACACGCGUGAAAAUGUGCUUAAGUGUGUUGAGGACCUUGUUUAAGAAUAAAGUAUUGCGUGGUCGAUACUAAACAUCUACUGUAUAUUAACAUGUAGUUUAUUAAAUUUUCCCUAAGCUUUCGGAGAUAAUUCUCCAUCAUCAAUAGUUACAUGUUAAUAGUUAGCUUUAGAUGAGUUAAUUGUUGGUUAAGAUUAGGAUUUUCCCAUUUUAUGUGCAUCGCUUCUUUGAGGUCAACUUGAUACUUCUUCGCACGGUAUGUUGAGGAAGCUUGUGAGAACGCUUCCGAGAGAUGUUCUCCCGGAUAAGCGUUCACAAAGGACGGCUCGUUACAGACACUAAAGAAAAACGCUUGCAAAUGCGUUCCUUUGGACACUUUUUUCCAAGAAUUCAAAGAGUUUGAGGCAGAAUUUUUUUUCCCUCAAGUAUACAAAAAAUAAAAAAACAAAAAUGAAAAUAAAAAUAAAUAAAAUAAAAAUCGCCAGCGACCAAGAUAGUGUAUUAAUAAAGACAAUAUGAAAGAAUUAGCUUUAGGUUUCAAGCAUGGACACUAAGUUGACACGGCUUAAAAACGCGUGAUUGGUUAAUGCAAAAUAUUAACUGCGGAUGCGGAUGGUUUUCCGCUGAAUUUAGCGCGGGCUUUCAGUUCAAAAUGGCGGACGAGAAAGGAUUCUUGUCGAGCGCUUUUUUUCCCCGAAAAUCGAAUUUUUUUUACUAACAUAUCUGGAUUAAAUGCCGUAAUUGAUCAAGAAAACAAGUCAGAUGAGUAUUUUGAUCUUACGUGAAUGGUUAAUUGUAUUGUUUUUAGUCUUAUUUGGCCAAAAACAAGUCAUCGAAGCGUAUGUAUUUGAAUAAAAAGACAGCGAAGAAAGGCAAUUAUUGCGCCGUAUCAUGAUCAGUCUGGCUACAGCCCUGAUCAGUAGAUGUUAUCUAUUAUAUUUACGUAUACGUAUAGUACAGUUCCAGGAAUUAUCCGUCCCUCYCCCCAUGCAGGAAUUAUUUUAAGAACCCCCUACUCCCAGAAAGUUUUUUUUUUUUUCUUCCAUAAUUUUCGUUGUUCUCGAAUCAAAAAAAGCUCUAUUACUGAGAAUACCUCAAACACAACUGUGGAUAUGUGGUAACAAUUCUCAACAAAUAUUUAGAGCAACAUAUUUCUUUAAUAUUAAUGUACAUGUGAUUUCCUUUUGCUUUAUCAAUGCUGGCGAUAUUUAUGAACAUCAUCGGGAAAUGCGUAGUUGUCUAGCAUAUCUGGGUCUAGAGCUCAGAAUACCUGGCCCACAUAAAUGUAAAUUAAUUUCUUAUAUUGUAAAGCACUAUUGGGCAUAACUUAUACUGGAAGUACCGCUAUAUGAAUAAAUAAACUAUUAGUA